AUGGCUGGGUGGCAGAAUUACAACCCCUUUAGCAAGCGGGAGACGCACAGCCGCGGCUCCAUCGUCACGUACAAGAUCCUCACGCUGCUCUCGUGGCUGCUCUCCGUCGUCGUCUCCGUCUACUUCACCGUCCACGAGCCCCACGAUGCCUUCACCGUGCGCCGCCGCAUAUGGGACCAGAACUAUCUGUACCCCAGCGCCUUUACCAUGAACCACAUUCUCGCCGACAUUUACUGGAUCGUCCUCUUCAUCCUCCAGUUCGGCUACGUCACGUCCCUCUUCUCCAGCAACGCCGAUGUCGUCUCCGCGGCCGCCGGCGUCGGCAGCCACUUCAUCCUCAACAACCUGCUGCACUUUGCCUUUGUCAUGCUCUUUGUCAACUCGCACUUCCACUGGGCCGAGGUCAUCCUCGUCCUCAACUUCAUCAACCUCAGCUCACUCUACUUCCGCCACAACACGGUCCCGCGCUUCAUCCACGUCCCCGUCGCCUCGGGACCGCUGGCAUGGACCUUUGUGGCCAUCUACUGGAACGGCGCCAUCAUGGUGCCGCACCCGCACAGCCUGGUUGCCCGGAUCUUUGGUAACAUCUUUAUCUGGGCCAUCCUCGUCUACGGAAUCUUUUUCAUUGUCACCUACAAUGACUACACCAUGGGCUUUGCCCUCAGCGCCCUCUCCGCGGCCAUUGGCGUCGCCCAGUUCAAGCGCCAGGUCAUUGCCUUCCAGUGGAUCUUUGCCUUCAUCAUCAUGGCCAUCCUCUUCAUCAUGACGCUCACCGUCGCCGUCCCCGCCAUGUCGGGCAGGGAGUUCCGCUGGAGGCGCACCACCGCUGCCGACCAGGAGCGCGCGCCUCUCCUCAACGAGGGCGCCUAA